AUGACUCAGCAUAAAAGAAAAUCUAUUGCUUUAUGGAGGAGAUCUACUCCUUCAUUAUAUCAUCAUCUUUCCAGUUUUAAACCCAGUUUUAUUAGUAGUGUAGAUAAUAUGAGGAAAUUGCAUAAGACUAUCAUAUUUAGAAGCGAAGUUAUUCCUGAUAAAGAACGUGGGUUUUUGAGUACGAGUUUACUGUAUUCCCAAGGUAGCGAUAUAUAUGAAAUUGACUGCAAUUUACCAUUGGGUUCCUUUUAUAAAGAGAGUGAAAGUUUACUUAGUGGAGGAUUUGAGAAUAAAGAAACCAGCGAUUCUAUUCACAAAGAUAACAAAGACAUCAACGCGUUCGAAGAUGCAAGCACAAAAAAACUGAACUCUAAAUGGAUUUACUCUGGAGAAACCAUAGCUAAAAUGGCAUAUUUGGAUGAUUCAGAAGAUAGUACAGUUAUUGUUAUGUCUAAAAAUGGGUCAUUGGCUUGGUUUAGGGAUGGGAUAAAAGUGCCUAUUCAUAUUGUACAAGAGAUGAUGGGGCCAUCUACUAGUUUUUCUGCUAUUCAUUCGCAUAAGAGACCUAAUGAUUUAGCUGUAUCUGAUUUUGGAUUAUCUGAGAGUUUAGAGACGUUAGUUAAGUCACAGGCAAAUGGUACAGAAGAAAAUAGUAUAUUGAAAAUUGUAGAUAAUUCUGGUAAACCGGGAGAAAUACUACGAGUAAUACAUGUUCCAGGUACCACAGUGACGCACACAGUGAGAUUCUUUGAUAAUAAUAUAUUUGGUUUAUGUUCUGACGAUAAUACAGUCAGAUUUUGGGAUGUUAGAACUGCUAAUGAACCUAUUUUUUCUUUGAGUGAACCUAAGAAUGGUAAGUUAACAGCAUUCGAUGCUUCACAGGUUACAAAUGAAUUAUUUAUCACGGGUACUUCGACAGGUGUUAUUAAGUUAUGGGAUAUCCGUGCUGUGGAAUUUGCUUCUAAGGACCUAUCGUAUAGGCAGAAUGGAGAAGAUCCAAUCCAAAAUGAAUUGGUCAGUUUAUGUCAUUCUGGUGGUGACUCUGUGAUUGAUGUUCAAUUUUCAAAAAUUUCAUCAGCAGAGUUUUUAACUGUUGGCAAUACAGGAAAUGUUUAUCAUUGGGAUAUGGAAUAUUUCUUUUCUAGAAAUGACGAUGAUAAUGAGCAGCAAUAUUCUACAUCGAAACGUGUAAGAAGGACUACAACAAACAGUAUACCAGCUCUUGAAGAAUUACAAGGUCAAUGUUUGAAAUUUUUCCAUAGUGGUGUUUCUAAUAAUAAUGGUAGCAGUAGUAGUAAAUUUGGAAGAAAGAAUACGGUAGCAUGGCAUCCAAUUAUUGAUGAUCUUGUAUGUACAGUUAAUGAUUCCUCAUUAGUAUCAGUUUAUAAACCAUUCACGUUAAAAAGCAGUAAUCCACAUGAUUGA